AUUUGUGUUCUUUUUCCGUGACAAAUAUAAAAGCGACGCCCCGGGCGAAACGGGUUAUUUUAUUGUAGACCACGUUAUCAGCAACAUGGUAAAUUUGGCAUUUGUUCUCAUCUGGACCGUGAGUGGUGCAGUUUUAAUUGCCGGUCAGCAAUAUGCCGAGGAUGGCAGUUACUCGAAAAGGCCUCUGCCUCUCAUACUGAUGCACAAGCAGGCAUUGACACACGACGGCAAUUUCAAUUACGUUUUCGCUGCAGACAAUGGACUCAAACAGGGAGAGACCAUUAGUCCCGAUGGAAGCAGACAAGGCUCCUACUCUUACGUGGACCCUAGCGGCAAGACGAUCAGCGUGAAGUACACGGCGGGCAAAGACGGCUUCAAAAUCCUGGAGGGUGACCACAUCCCCAAGCCAGUUCCGGCCCUACCGGUGGCCCCGGCCUACACGGAACAGAUCCCGCCCUACCAGCAGUUCCAGUCGCCCUACCCGGGCCCUUCUGCCCGCCAUUCGGGCCCUUCUGUCCUCCGUGGAGGCUACAGCAGUGAUGACUCCGGUAUCGGCAGCGCGCUCGCUUAUAUUCACGCCCAGGACCGCUACAAGAGCCCUUCCGCCCCGCACUAUAGGGUGCAGGAGGACAGUGGCGCCUACGACACGACCCGACACAACUACGACACGACACGACACAACUACGACACGGCCAGAAACAACUACGAUAGCGGCAACGCGGAUUACAACAGCAGUCCAGCACUUGACGAACACAAGGGACCGCACAGUUGGGGACCAGGGUAUGCGUUCGAGUUUGCUGGAUGAAAACGUGGAACCUGAAAAAUGAAUAAGAAAAUAAGAGAGGAAACAUGGAGGAGUGACGUAAGGUAGCUUCUAGCUUGAGAGUGCUGCAUUUGAUAAGCUUCAUGUAAGUCAAAGGUGGAGCACUCUGGUGGAGAACCACCAUUUAAAUACAUGCAUUACAUUCAGCACUCAAUCUUUUGAAGCUACCUUCGCCGCUCAAUCAUUCUUUACAGAACAACGAAUGAAUAAAAGUUGAACUUAAAUAAAUUCCCAUCUUUGGAAUGAAAACAAUAAAACAUUAUUGAUUGAACAACGAAUAAAUAGUAUGAAAACGAGAUGUAUUAAACAUAAUUGCCAACUGAAUAACGAGAACAAAGAUGUAUUUUUUACAACUUGUUAUAAGUAAUACUAACAAAUGAGAAAACUAUGUAUUGAAAUUUUGGUUUAUCUGUGAAGCUAGUUGUUAUUCAAAUCAUUUACUCACUCUGUCGAUGAUUCUAUGAGAAUAAGCAUUUGUGAUAUAUUUCUAUAAAUAUCCAGUUUGGAGUUGGAUACUGUAUUGAAUGUUGUUGCCCUUAUAUAGGCAUAUAAGUGUCAGAAAAUAUCUAAAAAUAAGAAUGUUAUAUAAGCUAUCCUAUACAAGUGGUAUCUCAACAACUGGUAUAGAAAAACUUGAGUAUGAGGAUGGGAAAUUUUACAUAAAUUUAUUGUUAUUUUUUUACUGAAUUGUUUCAUUAAAAUGCCAUUGGAGAACUAUAUUUAAAA